AUGGGAACUUAUCGCUUGGAGGCUGCCUCAACCGGCCGAGCAGGCUGCCAGAACAAAGAAUGCAAAGAGGAGAAGAUCAAAAUCGGCAAGGGCGAGCUCCGUCUCGGUACCUGGGUCGACACCGAAAAAUUCCAGAGCUUCUUCUGGAGACACUGGGGAUGCGUCACACCUAAGAUUAUCGCCAACCUCAAUGAAGCAGUUGAGGAAGCGAGUGGUGACUCGAAGGAUCUGGACGCCAUUGACGGCUUUGAGGAACUUCCUUCUGGGUAUCAGGAGAAGGUCCGUAAGGCUUUGGAGCAGGGGCAUGUUGACGAUGAGGAUUGGAAGGGGGAUCCCGAGAUGAAUCGGCCUGGCAUGACGGGCUUCCGCAAGCGUGCCCCGAAGAAGAAGAAGGCUGACGAGGAAGAGGCGGAAACCGCAUCCGAGAAAGAGGAGAAGACUCCCAAAUCAAAGAAGCGCGGCCGUGCUGAGACUGAUAAGGACAAGCCUGGGGAGAAGGCUACCGCGCCCAAGGCCAAAAGAGCCAAGAAGGGCAGCCGCGCCAAACAAGAGAUCGACACUGACGAAGACGACGGCGACCAGCAACAGGAAUCUGACGAAGAGGAGAUCCAGCCCAAGCCGACCGUGACCAGAAGAGGCCGGGUUUCCAAAGCUGCUGCUGAGGAGAAAGCGCCCAAGGCGUCUGCGAAGCCGGCUGCGAAGCGUCAGAGGAAGUCAAUGGGUGAGGAUGGUGAGGAGGCUGAGCCCGUUGAGGAGAAACCCAAGCGUGGUCGCAGAAAGAAGUCAACUUAG